AUGCACUCUUCGCCGGCGGUGCAACAGGCGCACCACCACCGUCAGCAGAAGCAGCAACAGCAGCAGCAACAACAGCAGCAGCAACAGCAACAACUGCAACAGCAACAACAACUGCAAUCUCCGUCGUCCAACAACAAUAACAACAACAACAACAACAAUAACAACAACAACAAGGACGAUAAUAUGGCCAUGGGACAACUUUUGCAGAGAUCGCUGCAAAACGUCGCCCUGUCGCUGCAGACCACGUUCGUGUCGUCCCUGCAGCAGGCCGCGCUCCUGCCACCCGACUCACCUGUGGCCGCGGCGCUUAAUCUACAGGCCCUCGAGUCGUACAUCACGCUACAGCGGCUGACCGCCGUGCCCCGUCAACCCGCGAUGACCGCAGUGACUGUGGACCGGGCGCACGCCGCCAGCAGCGUGGUGGUCGUGCACGAAGUGUUGAAGGAUGACGAAGACGACGACGACGGCGGAGGCGUCAAAAGCGAAAAUCCGUCCUCGUUGGGAAACGAAGACGAUUACCUCGACGACCAUGAUGACGACGACGAACACUAUCACCAUCACGACGUUAAACCGACGGUUUUGGACAGCAGCGGAAGUGUAGCGAAAGCGGCCGCUACGGCCGCCAUCGUCGUGACCGCCAGCAGGGGAGGCCGUCUCCCGGCAUUUGCCAAAGAGCUGUCCGGCCUGUCUCCCAGAGCCAACAGGUUGUCCGCCUCGUUGACCGCCGCCGCCGCUGCCUCUGUCUGCACCACGGCACUCGUCGACGACGACACUCCGGUCAAGGCUAUUUCCGCCGACGAACCCAUCGCCGCCUCGCGACACCUGCACCUCCAUCAGGACAACAACAACGGACCCGUCCCUAGGCCCAAGAAACAGUUCAUCUGCCGGUUCUGCAACAGACACUUCACCAAGUCGUACAACCUGCUCAUACACGAGCGCACUCACACAGACGAACGGCCGUACUCUUGUGACAUUUGCAAAAAGGCCUUCAGGAGACAGGACCAUCUCAGGGAUCACAGGUACAUUCACUCCAAGGAGAAACCCUUCAAGUGUCUGGAGUGCGGCAAGGGGUUCUGCCAGUCGCGCACGUUGGCCGUGCACAAGAUCCUCCACUUGGAGGAGUCGCCGCACAAGUGUCCGGUGUGCAGCCGGAGCUUCAACCAGCGGUCCAAUCUGAAGACGCACCUGUUGACGCACACAGACAUCAAACCGUACAACUGUCCGACGUGCAGCAAAGUGUUCCGCCGGAACUGCGACCUGCGCCGGCACAGCCUCACGCACAACCUGUCACCCGUGUCCGCGGCCACGGCCGCUGCUGUCCAGCUGGCGUACGCUGCGACCACCGAACUUCAGUCGGCCGCGGUCAUCGGCGCCGCGCACGGUCGCGACAACGACUGUGACCGCUGA